AAAUAAGGCAAGAUAGACAAAAGAAAGGAAACAUUUUUCAGAGGUUUUUUGAGUGGAGACGUUAUCACCGGAUGAAAACAAAACUACAAGGCGACCUUAUUAAAUUCUACAGAAAAAGGUGUAGUUCAAUACCUCUCUCACCGCUUCUUGAAGAAAUAAAGACACCUCUAGCUGGGUUCUACGUGAUGCCAGAUAUGGUUGAUGUAAAACAGAAGUGCAUAACUUGUCAUGAAGAGGAGAGAACACCGAUCAAAUCUUUAAGAGACCUGUUUUCAACUGGGAGAGGAGAUCAGCACGAAAUUUAUCUAUCUGCUGAUGUAGGCUUUGGAAAAACUGCUUUCUCAAAAUAUCUUGCAAUCAUGUGGUGUCAAGCUCAUUGUCGUGAUGAAAACUACACCUGUUUUAAGGACAGCGAGUUGAAAGCGUUAGUUGACUUUGAGUUCGUAUUUUUGGUUUUCUUAAGAGACUGUACCUCUGUUUGUAACAUUGACGAUAUGAUUGAACAGCAAAUUACUAAUAAACUCCCUUCUUCUGCAACACUAUAUGAAGUUUUAGGUAGAGAAAAAUGCUUGAUUAUAUUGGACGGUCUUGAUGAAUGGACUCACCCUGUAAAUAGAUGUUGCGAAGUAUCAGCAAAAAUCCCACAUCGGUACGGACGUGAUAAUUGUGUUAUCCUAACGACAACCCGACCGUGGAAGCUCGGAAUUGCAAAUCUCAAAACAAGUCAAAUAAACAAAAAAGUAGAAUUGGUUCAAUUAAGUGCAGAUUCCAUGCGGCAACUAGAAGAAAAUGCUAUAAGAAAAAUGACAGGUGUUCAUAACGAUAGGGUACUGAAGAGUAAAACACAUGACUUCAAUAAAGUGAUACAUGACCGUCGCCUAGAACACAUGCAAGUCAUUCCACUCCUCCUCUUGUAUAUAGUUUGCCUAUGGUGCAACAACAUUCCUAUUGGAAAUUCAAAACAUGAAAUUUACACCAAUAUCAUUGAAUUCUUACUCUCGAGAACAUCAAAGAAACACUCAGAAGUUGAACCAUCUCGUGAAUCAUCUGCCAGUGAAAUUCCAGAUUGCUUCAAAAGUCAUAAAUUUUGUAAAAAGUUUUACAGUCUUAUAACAUCAUUAGCAGAACUAGCUUACCAAACACUAUUUAACAAAACAAGAGAAAAUACGCUGGUAUUUGAUAGAACGGUUGCUGAAAAAUAUCUCAGAGCAGACGACAUGAAAUUAAGUCUUCUCUCAGGAAUAAUGUCAGAAAGCAGAAGUAAAACAUUAAUCAAAGAAUUUAUCAAAUUAUCAUUUCUUCACAAAACAGUUCAAGAAUUUUUUGCUGCAAUAUUUAUAAGUUCUCAAUAUGAUGCUCAGAAAACUGUUCUAGAACAAUGUAGAAAUGUUCAAGAUAUUCUGGACAUGUCAAAAAUUUGUGAAUUUAUAAGUGGAAUGAAUGCUGACCGGAUGUGUGCAUUAUCAAAUGAUUUGAUGUCUGUGAUAAAUGAAGACGAGAAAACACGCAACUAUAGAACCAGGACAGAUGACAAGAUCAUGUACACUAAUCCAUUGUAUGACAUUCAGGAAAUGUUCAUGUCUUGUUUACAAGAAAUGCCUGAAAGUGAAUAUAUUCAAUUAUGUUUGCAAGAUUUCUUCAUUGACGAAGACAUCAGGCAUAGUGAGCAGUUACAACGUUUGAUAAAACAAAAUAAAACCAACAUAAAAUCACUUUAUAUAAACACCACCAAAACUUCCAGCAGUUUACGUGAAAUUAUAGAUUUAUUCUCUGUCACAGAUCUCAGUCAUAUACAGAAACUUGUCUAUCGUGGUGACAUGGAGAAGGAGGAUGAGAUAAACUGGAUAUUGUUUCCCAGUCUACAGUCUGUAACUUUGAUGUUGGGUAAAUGGACAAAUGAUGAAGAAAAUCUGAGUGAAAGCAUGUUGCGAUGUCAAAACUUACAAUAUUUAUAUAUUGAUAGAUUAACAUCAUCUCACAAAAAACUGGAAACUAUUUUCAAUUUUAUCUCUGGUCAAAAAUCAUUGAAAGAGUUAACAUUGAUGGGGUUACAUUGUAACGAACACAGCCUCCAUGAUUGUAAGAGAUGGAACUUGGACUUGUCCAAAAAUAUGAACUUAACAAAGGUAGACUUGGAGCAGUUACCUAGGUUACAAUUAAAUCUAACAACACCGUCGAUAGUUAAUGUUAAAUUGUCUGGAAUCAAUCUGGAUGAAAGUUCAUUGUUACUGUCACGUGACAUGUUGAAGAUUGAAUGUGUGGAGUUGAGGAAGAUAGAAAUGAUUGCAGGAAGUUUACAGAACUUUAUUACCAUACUCGAAAAUCUGCCACAGUCAGUCAAAGUAGAGAUGGACGACAUAGAACCGGAAAAAGAAUAUGAAAGUGUUAAAGAAAAUAUCCGGAGUUCAAAAACUUUUCAUGUGAUACAAGACUGUGCGGGGACAUUUGAGUUCAAAGUAAGAAAAUCAGGAAUGAUGGAUACAAAGUGGAUGUAGGACAUGGAAAAUCAAAUGUUUAACAGG